UUAGGUGCUGGCUCUUAGAGGGGAGGAGAAGAGCCGGGUCGCUCUCGUCAGCUGAGAAGAAUGAUUCAUAGAGGAGGGUCAGGAGAGAAAAACAGUUCUGUCUGCAAGCGCCCACUUAAAAGGCUGGACUCUUCUCCGAGGGAGGGAGAGGCAGGAGAGUAAGCCAGGCCUCGGGACUGACCCCGCCUCAGGCCGCUCGUCAGGCCUCUAUCGAGUCCUGGGCCUUGACGGGGGCGGCCGCGAGGCGCCGGUUGCUGGGGGACCGUGACGUCGCGGGGUGAAAGUUGAGGGGCGGUGACGUCGGCCCAGCCCGGGCGGAGGCUGGCGGGUUGGAGGCAGGAGGGAGGGAGGGAAAGAGGGAAGGAAGGAAGCUGGGAACGAGCGAGCGAGCGGGGGCGCGAGGCGUUUACCUGGAGGCAGCGGCUUGGGCGCGCAGAGCGGCCGCCGCUCCCCCGCACCUGCGGCCAUGGAUGAGGAGCGCGCCCUCUACAUCGUCCGGGCCGGCGAGGCGGGGGCUAUCGAGCGGGUCCUGAGGGAUUACAGCGAUAAGCAUAGGGCUACUUUCAAAUUUGAAUCAACAGAUGAAGAUAAAAGAAAGAAACUCUGUGAAGGCAUAUUUAAAGUCCUUGUAAAGGAUAUCCCAACAACAUGUCAAGUGUCCUGCCUGGAAGUUCUCCGCAUUCUCUCCAGAGACAAAAAGGUUUUAGUUCCUGUAACAACCAAGGAAAAUAUGCAGAUACUGCUGCGAUUAGCCAAGCUAAAUGAGUCGGAUGAUUCUUUGGAGAAGGUGUCAGAGUUCCCAGUUAUUGUGGAGUCAUUAAAAUGUCUGUGUAACAUAGUGUUCAACAGUCAGAUGGCACAGCAGCUCAGCCUGGAACUUAACCUUGCUGCAAAGCUCUGUAACCUCCUGAGAAAGUGCAAGGACCGAAAGUUUAUCAAUGACAUUAAGUGCUUUGACUUGCGCUUGCUCUUCCUCCUGUCACUUUUGCACACCGACAUCAGGUCACAAUUGCGCUACGAGCUCCAGGGACUACCGCUGCUAACCCAGAUCUUGGAAAGUGCCUUUAGCAUCAAGUGGACCGAUGAAUAUGAAUCGGCCAUAGACCAUAAUGGACCUCCUCUCUCACCUCAGGAGACAGACUGUGCCAUUGAGGCCCUCAAAGCUCUCUUCAAUGUGACGGUAGACAGUUGGAAGGUGCAUAAAGAGAGUGAUUCUCAUCAGUUCCGUGUCAUGGCAGCUGUCCUUCGCCAUUGUUUACUAAUCGUAGGUCCAACCGAAGACAAAACAGAAGAGCUGCACAGCAAUGCAGUCAACCUUUUAAGCAAUGUUCCGGUCUCUUGUUUGGAUGUUCUCAUUUGUCCAUUAACCCAUGAAGAAACAGCCCAAGAGGCAACGACACUAGAUGAACUGCCCAGUGAUAAAACGGAUGAAAAAGAAACUGUUUUGAAAAAGAAUACCAUGGUAUACAAUGGUAUGAAUAUGGAAGCCAUUCAUGUUUUACUCAAUUUUAUGGAGAAGAGAAUAGACAAGGGAAGCAGCUAUAGAGAAGGUCUAACUCCAGUUCUCAGCUUAUUAACAGAAUGUUCCCGAGCCCAUCGAAACAUCAGAAAAUUUCUCAAAGAUCAGGUUUUACCACCAUUGAGGGAUGUGACAAAUCGACCUGAAGUUGGCUCAACUGUGAGAAAUAAGCUGGUGCGCCUCAUGACACAUGUUGACCUUGGAGUCAAGCAAAUUGCUGCUGAAUUCCUUUUUGUCCUUUGCAAAGAGAGAGUGGACAGCCUGCUGAAAUACACUGGCUAUGGGAAUGCUGCAGGACUGUUGGCGGCCAGGGGCCUCUUGGCUGGAGGAAGAGGCGAUAACUGGUACUCAGAGGAUGAGGACACAGACACUGAAGAAUACAAAAAUGCAAAACCAAACAUUAAUCUUAUCACUGGUCAUUUAGAGGAACCAAUGCCAAACCCCAUAGAUGAAAUGACAGAAGAACAAAAAGAAUAUGAAGCCAUGAAACUUGUCAACAUGCUUGAUAAACUUUCCAGAGAGGAGUUGCUUAAACCAAUGGGACUAAAACCUGAUGGGACAAUAACGCCUUUGGAGGAAGCACUCAACCAGUACUCUGUCAUCGAAGAGACCAGCUCUGACACAGACUAAAAGCGUCACCUGCCCAACUCAAUAUUGCUUUUAUCAGCAUCUUUUCUCUGUAGCUCCAGGGGAGUCUUUUCUCUAAAACAUUUAUGCCCUUGCUUUGGCUAGAAACACAUUAACUGGUUUACUCACUGAGAAUCCAGCAUAUCUGAGAAGUGAUCCUGUGUUCUCGCGAGACCGAGGCGUUCGUCCCGCGCUGCAGUCGGACGGAGCGGCAGGGGCUGCCCGUGGACCGAGAGGAGCUCCGUUUCAUCCGGAUGGAACUGAAGGACUUCAUCUGAUAAGGCAGCCCUGGCUGAAUGUGGCCGUUCUGCUCGCCUAGGUUCUUGGAAGAUUUAAUCGUGGCCUUCCUCUCGCCUGUGAAAGCUGCCUCUUCCGAAUCUCUCCAGCAGACGGAGGCCCGGGAGAAGCAGAACGAGCCUCCACGUAAGGGCUGAGGCAAGUGACUUGCUAGAUCAGGACUGACUACAUGGAAGCCAAGCAGCUGCUCCAUAAACCUAGCCCCACUCUUCAUUUCAGUUUUGUACAAAUACGUGGAAGUGCACACACAAACACACACACACACAGCCCCAGGCGUGCAAACUGAUUACACUCUGAAAGUUUGUAGGUCCCUUAUCGAGAACUUCAGAAUACAUUUCUCCCUAUAAAGGUUAUAAAUGAUGGUUUAGUUCUGAGGCAGCUACAGAUGCCUAUUUAUUCCUUAUGUACCUUAACACUAGUACCAGAGAACUGAACCCCCAUCUGUAUCAUUGCAUGGGAGCAUGCAUUCUGAGGUCCAACUCGGGGUGCCAGGGACACACGUCCUCCAACCCAGCAGAGCAGUGGGGACUCCCGGCGUGCUGGGAGUUCUCCUGUGGCCUCUGCUGGGGCUGGAGGGGGUCAGCGGCACCCAUUUGUACAUACAGGUCAUUCAUAGGUCACAGGUUGUACAUUGGGGACUGUGUGUGCGCUUGUGUGUUCGACCUUUCUACCACAUGUGAUCAGUUUAAUGGUAACUUUAUUUAUUUAAAAAAAAAGAAACACAAAUAGUUACUGUUAAACUGAUUAAGGCUGUUUAUUUUUACUUUUAGAAUUGGUCAUACGAAGAAGUAGAAUAUGAAUCCUGCAAUAGACAGUGGGCCUAGUUUUCAGUGGCUAAAGCUGAAAGGGGUUGGUUUCCUUGUGUAUAUGUACGCAUGUAUGUACACAUUCGUACGUACAUACAUGCAUACAUAUACACACGUAGAUAAUGUGCUUAACCACUGCCUUUUAAAACUUUAAAUUAAAUAAAACAUUGGGGUUGAUUCAAUUUAGCCAUCUGUGUGUGUUUCUUUAUAGAUACAUGGGGCAAACAAUAUUUCAGAGUUCAUGCAUUUUUAAAGUGUUUUCACAUCCAUUAUCUCACCAUAACACCCCUUCUAAGGAUAGGUAAAGUACAUGUAUUGGUGGAAAAUGUCAUUUAUCCAGAGAUCCCUUCUCUGCCAAAAGAACGGUUCAAGGAUGGAGUUUUUAAAGGCCUUUGAGCUGCCAAAGAGAUCAUUAGAGUUUCUUGUAAUCUAUUCAUAGGAGAGAUCCUCAAGAAUCUCUCCUUUUACCCCUUUACUAAAAUUUGCAUACAUUUCUAACAGAUUUAUUUUUUUCAAGCCCAUUUAAA